UUUGUUCCCGUGAGGAGUAAUUCGUUAAAUAACAAUUGGCGGUUGCUACAACAUGUCGAUGUUUACCAACACUCCACCACCAUUUGAGUCGACAUUUGUCAACACUCAACACGAUUUGCCGCUUGCGAACGACAACAAAACGCGUAAAUAAGUAAUUAAUAAAAAUGCCCGAUCAAACCGAAACAAGUCCCAAACUAAAUGUAAGCAGCAGUGAGAUUAAAUCGCCCAGCUACGAUUUAAAAAAGUUCAAAUUGAAACGCAUACUCAACAACAAUAGCAAAGCGAAGAGCAUCACAUUGCUUGGUACUUUUCCGGAUUUGUCUGAAACGGACACAGCAAUUGUUGUUUUUGAGAAAAAUGCUUAUCGGGAGAGCGAUGUGGCAACUGAAGCUGAAGUUGCAGCAGAGAAGGAGAAAGAAGAGCAAAAGCCGACUUAUUUUAGCAGCGAUUUAAAAGUGCGCACCGAUUUUAUUAACAAUAUUUACGGCAGUUUUCAAUGUGUGCCCAAUCCGGAAUUGUGUGCCGUCAAGAGCACUGUGAUUUACCCGGCAACCGAUAAACACGUUGAGAAAUAUUCCAUUUGUCAGAAGUACCUCAUCAAUGAAACGCCUGAUCUCUAUGCAACCAUCACGUUGCCCUACAUUACUUCCAGCCAAUUCUCCCUGGAUUGGGUAUACAACAUACUUGAGCACAAGCAGGAAAAAGAACGAAUUGUGUUCGAAGACAACGAUCCCGAGACUGGCUUCAUUUUGCUGCCCGAUCUCAAGUGGGAUGGCCGCAAUGUGGAGAACCUUUAUCUGUUGGGCAUUGUGCGCAAUCGGGGAAUCAAAUCACUGCGAGAUCUCAAUGCCAGCCACUUGCCCAUGCUGCGGCAUUUGCGGGAAGCGGCCAAACAAGCUAUACUUGAACGUUAUGGCUUGAAUCCUCACCAACUUCGCAUGUAUUUCCACUAUCAGCCAUCGUUCUAUCAUCUGCAUGUUCAUAUCAAUCCCAUACGCAAUGAUGCCCCUGGCAUUUGGUGUGAGAAGUCCCAUAUGCUGGACACAGUCAUCAAUAAUCUGGAGCUGGUGUCGGAUUAUUAUGCGCGUGCCUCUCUGCCGUUUGUUUUGUAUGAGGGCAACAAGUUGUUGGAGUUGUACGAUAAGCAAUUGUCAGUGCGCAAGGCAGUAGUCAAGAAGGAAGAAGCGGAUAAGGAGCAGGAUGAGCUCGAGAAGAAAGAAGAUGAGCCAGCAGAAGCAUUUAGCGACGAAGAGCCAGAGGAGGCGCGUCAAUGCAAGCGCAUUAAGCUGAGCACGCCAGAGAAACAGGAUGAAUCGGAGAAAGAUCUUGUGGCGCCGGCAUGUGCUUAAGAAACGGUCUUUUUGAGCGUUGAACAAGUAAAAAGUAUUUUAUCAAAAUAGUUUGAUAAGCACAAAUAAUAAUGAAUAAAAAGUAAUAA